AUGUCGCCUGCACCAGUCCAAGUCAAUUCUUCCUCUAAACUCCCAUCUCCCGGGUUCAAUGCCGGCGCUCGGCCCUAUCGUUCCCACAAGGUACGCGCCUGUGACUUGUGUCGCAAGCGGAAGUCUCGAUGUACUGUUGACAUCCCUGGCCAAUCCUGUCUACUAUGUCGCGUACAAGGCGCCGACUGUCACUAUCAAGAGGAGGCCAACGCGGAAAGUUCGAUCCCGAGUGCCUCGGAUUCAAAGUCCUGGCCCGGGCCUUCAACAGUGGAGGCGGGGCCAGGGCAAAAGCGCAAGCGUAGUCCUGACGGGCUUUCUCAUUUGAACCAAAACAUUCAAUCCCGGCAGCCAAUCAAUGGGCCCAGUCCCCAUGGAACGAAUUCGUCGAGUGGUGGUCGUCGGGGAAGUGACCCGCGGCGGAAAGACAUGGACGAUCCUCAGAAUGAGUCGGUCCUCAUUGUCGGCCCCAUGGUCGCCGAGGAUGCGCAGGUCAUUGAGAAACACAUGCCUCCAGAACGGAUGAGUCAAUCAGAGGAGCCCAAUAGUCACCCUUACAAUAUCUAUUCCAGCGAUCCACGAAAGCCCGUCCUUUACACCACAAUUUCCCGGCGAAGGAAGGGUAUGCGGAGAGGAACACCUCCGGGUGAAAAUCAGAAAGAAGUGCUCGAACAAAUACUUGGGCCGUUCAAACAGGACCUAGUGAGACUCUUCCUUGACCGAUUCAACGUUUCUUUUCCAAUUUUCGAUGGGGAAUCUUUCUGGGAAUCAUAUAUCGCUGAGGACCUGCAUGAUCCACCAGCCGCACUUGUAUGCCAAGUCUAUUCCAUGUCCCUCGUAUAUUGGAAGCACACGCCGAAGCUAGCUUGCCACCCGAAACCCGACGUUCGAUAUGCAGUCAACAUGACGGUUGCCGCAUUGCAUGAGGAUUUCUCAGCCCCAGGUUUGGAUACAAUCAGUGCUGCGCUUAUCGACUUGACUGGACGACCAAUCUUCUCCAUGACCGGCAAUGCUGUCAGUUGUGGCCGCAUGUGUUCUUUGGCGAAUUGUCUUGGUUUGAAUCGUGAUCCCAGCAACUGGAAGCUCUCAAUAUCAGAUAAAAACCAGCGGAUUCGUCUGUGGUGGGGUGUUGUUAUCCACGAUCGUUGGGGAAGUUUUGGUCAUGGUGUGCCACCUCAAAUAUCCAAAAAUCAAUACGAUGUACCCCUACCCACCGUCGAAAUACUAGUUCCUCCAGAACUCCGCACUACGGAGCGUGUGAGGGCAGCACAUUGCCAUAUCUACCUAUGUCGAUUGACCGAAAUCUUGGGCGAGCUUUUACCUUUGGUCUAUGGGUUACAGCAUAAGCCAGCACGAGAGACAUCCAAGAAGCUCAGGCAAAUCCGAACCGAUCUAGAUGUGUGGGAAGAUUCCCUCCCAGACUGGUUGAGAGGGCCCACCAUCCACACCGGAGAACGAAUCUAUGGAGCUAGCAGCCUGCAGUUGGCUUUUUUGGCUGUCAAAAUGCUUGUCAGCCGAGUUGAACUAAAUGAGGUGAACAAUGCCGAAAUGGAAAAUACCGAGGCACGUCGCUAUUUCCAAACAGAAUGCAGAAGGUCAGCAGAGGAUAUCGUUGGAUUUAUAACGUCAUUGCGAAAGGAUAAUUUCAAGGAAUUUUGGUUACCUUAUAGCGCCUUUCAUCUCACCUCAACGGCCACGUUACUAAUUCGCUGUGCAUUUGAAACCACCGACAGCGACGUUGCGCGAUCCUGUCUCUCCAACGUCGAAACCCUGCGCUCAGUCUUACGCCGUGUCCGGGAAGAAGAAGACUGGGACGUAGCGGACAUGUGUCUGGACCACUGUGAACGCAUCAUGCACCGACUUCCUGGAACUGGCGCCACAAUGGAUCAGGCAUUCACGACUUCCAUGGUAGACAACGGGCUGGUCAACCCGGCUGCGAUCUCGCUGCCAGAGACUCAAACAAACAAUGAUAUCGUUGACGACAUGAUGUCGAUCUCUAAUACCUUUGGAACGAUGGACGGUUUCCCCUUCGACAUGACAGGAAUAUGGGAUGUCUCUGUCUUCCAAGAUGUGAACCUGACAUGA